AUGUCGUACUCCAAUAGUGGCGGGGGCACCCUUACUAUGCCAUCACCUACACAUGUUCACCAUGUUGAUGUUACCUCAGCAGUGAGAUCGCUAAGACGUUCUAUAUCGCGUUCGCCAUCCAAGUUCCGACUGGUCACCAAAUCACCUAGCCCAUCACCAAAAUCCCCGCUGUCGCCAUCUCCAUUGUCACCAUCUAAGCGCGCAUCUUCAUAUCCUGCCUUGUUCGCCGGAACAAGUACACCUCACACACCAUCACCACUUGCUGUACCAUUUCCUCCAAGCGCAAGAUUGGCACUUCGAUCCUCGUCGCGAGCCAAGACUGCCCCUCCUCGACAAGGCACCCGUCUACGAACAUCACCUAGAAGUCCUAUGAAGCGGGCAUUGAGCCAAACAAUAGAUACUGGUAACGCGACUCCAACACCGCUCGGUUUUAUGGGUGGGCAAGAAAAUUUUGGAGGUCGCAGUCCUGUCGAGGGAAAGAGCCCGGAGAAGAUUCCGAGAAUGCAACUUAAUUUAGAUUCGAUUGCGCCGGUCAACCAGGCAUUGUCGCGAUUAGGUGGCGACGGAGCCAGUGAUUGCAAUAUCUCCAAUCCAAGCCCACUGAAGCGCAGCGAUACGAUCAUGAACCUUGAUCAGGCAAGCCUCGGAAGUCCAGUCGCAAAGCGUAGAAGUCUUCACGGUUCUGCCAACUUUGGCCAGGACUUCAACGCCUUUGAUCCACCACAGGCAGCAGCCCCUCCAUCGCAAUUUGAUAUUCAUAGUGAUUUGAAUCACGAAUAUGAACUAUCCGCCACAGUUCUUACUUCUGAAAAUACUGCAUCUCCUUUCACCUCGACGCCUCGACGUUCCUCCUCUUUGCGCAAAUCUACAUUACUUCAAAGAAAUGGUGAGAAGACUUCCUGGGGUCGAAGACAUGCAGCUCAAAUUUUAGCUGCGCAACAAUCCGCACAACAACAACCUUUUGCCAUUGCAAACCAGGACAUUGUCAGCCCAAGUAAGCAAAAGAAUCGUCCAAGAUUGUCGUUGGAUCAGUUCGUUGCACCACCAAACCGCGAUAGCCCGUUUAGUCCCCAGGGUAACCUUCCAAAUGCUUCUAUGCACGCGGUCAAUCAAUCACAACAACCCACACAUCAGCCACAUCCACUUUCACGUACCAUGACAAAUUCUUCCUCUAACUCGAGCAUCGCCGAGGAUUCACCUGUUCAACAAGUUCCCGUUAACUUUGCUGGAAACCAAAAGUCCAAGAUUGAUUUUUCAAAAUCUUUACCUGCCGGAGCUCUAAGACCCUUCAAUUUGGAUGCUCCUGAUGACUUCUCAACUCCCAAGAAUUUCAGAGCGGUUAAGCCAUUACCUGCUGCGUUCAUGUCGACGGGUCUCAUCUCAAAGGUCAACAGAAGACCGGAAGAAGUUCAAAUGCUUCGUGGAAACACCAAGUCAAAUGUUCCAGACACCCCAUGUAAGAAGCAGAAUAACAUUUUCGGUACUUACCCAGCCGCAGUGCCAACUAGCGCCAUUGCCAAAGCUAGACAAAUCCGGCAUUCAUUCGGUACCCCAUCAACACCUUUCAAUCCCCAUGGAGCACCAGCCAUCGGUACCUUUGGAAAGGGCAAUGGCGUAUUUGGAAGUAGCUUUGGUCAACCGCGGGGUCUAACUCGACGAGGUAGCUUUCUUAGCAUUGAUGGAGACGACGUUGGAUCGCCGGAUUUCAAGACCGACAGUCAAAUUAGUGAUUUUGAUCUCCCACCAACUCCAACGAAGCAAGCCCCAAGCUUUGCUCAUUUUCAAAACGGUAGUCCUACGAGUCAUCGAUCGAUUUCGGCCUCAAUGUCUGCUGUGGGUGGCUAUAACUUAGGAAAGAUACCAAGAUCAAGCAGUAAGUUGAACCUCUCUACGAGUCCAGGCGAGCAGGAAGAGGAAGACAGCGAUACUUCCAUCGAUAUGAGCGACUCUCCUACACCUGCCGCUGCCGGGCUUCCCUUCAGUACUUCUAUUUCUGUACCUUCGUUUUCUAGAUCCCGAGCUCUGCGGGCCAGUCCAUUGGAGCGUGUAGAUUUCAUCGAGAGACUGUCACCUUGUACACCUCAAGACAGCAUGUUACCACCCGAUCCCAGCGGGCUCUCCAUCUCUAAUCAUAAGGAUGGUCAAGCUCAACUCGGUGCUAACAGUGCUCCUGUUGCUCCACCUCCAGCUACCCCAACCACUGGUCGAGAUUAUUUCGGCAAAACCAGCACCACCCCAAUCGGAAGCUUCCCACCUCGAGAUGUGGAUGAGUCCCUCGUAUCACGAUUCGAUCAGGUAGAGAUGAUUGGAACUGGAGAAUUUUCCCAGGUCUACCGAGUUACCCAGAGCUCUCAAAAGGCAUCAGCAUUCCUCUUUGGUGAUUCAGUCGACUCCCCAAUGACUGGUAGAACACCACCAACACCCCAGCCACCACGUAUCUAUGCCGUCAAGAAGUCUAAACAACCAUACCAAGGCUACAAGGAUAGAUCCCGGAAGCUCAAAGAAGUUGAGGUUAUUAAGGCACUUGGUCAGGCUGACAACGUGGUUCACUAUGUUGACUCUUGGGAAGAGAAGAACUACUUAUACAUUCAGACCGAGUUUUGUGAAGAAGGCAGUCUCGAUAUCUUCCUCUAUCAAGGCCUUAAACAUAUCCAUGAUUCUGGCUUCAUUCAUCUUGAUAUUAAACCCGCCAACAUCAUGAUUACUUUUGAAGGUGUCUUAAAAAUUGGAGAUUUUGGUAUGGCAACUUCAUGGCCUGCUUCAGAUGCAAUUGAAGGUGAAGGAGACCGUGAAUACAUUGGACCAGAGAUUCUCCUUGGACAUUAUGACAAACCAGCAGAUGUUUUCGCCCUUGGUAUGGUCAUAUUCGAGAUCGCUACCAACGUAUACCUUCCCGACAACGGUGUCUCUUGGCAACGACUCAGAUCCGGAGACAUGAGCGAAGCCCCAAGUCUUACUUGGAGUGAAGCAAGUAGCAUGCUCCGUGAUGCUAAUGGCAUACCCAUUGUACCAAGUGAUGAUUCCAUGACAAGCGAUGAUGAAUUCGAUGCCGACCUUGGUUCACCAAUUGCUGCUAGCCGAAAACGAUUUACCUCGUCUUCCCAAGUCAUUUGCUCAUGA